AUGAAUAUUAAAAAAAUUAGUGGGAUUGCAUAAUCAUUAAUUUUGAUUGCAUACUUAAGUAUAAACCCCACUCAUUAUUAACUUGUAUUGACAUCUACAGGAGUCCUGAUGUAAAUACUUGUUUUGAAAUGGAAGAAACAUGAAGACAUUAUUACUGAAAUAUCUUAAAUAUUGCUAACAGUACCAAUGGGGAUCAUUUUAAAAGAUGUUUGUAGCACAUUAAUUGUAUCUUUACAACUUAUACAUAUGAAACCAUCUAAAUUUCUAUUACUUAAAUUUUCUUAUGUAAUCAUUUUCGGAAUCAUUAUACAUGGUCAAGUCUCAGAUAUUAUUUUGAUAUGCUUGUCUUUCCUUACAUUUACACUUGAUGUUAAAUUAGAUUAACCUUAAUUUUCAUAUUCACCAUGCUAACUCUCAUCCAAAAAAUUAAGAGAAGAGAAUGAACUUGAUAAAACAGAUAAAUCUGAUAAAAUACAUUUACAAUCUAUAGCUUAUAGUGAUAAUUAAGCUGGACAUAGAACUAGUGCUAAGUGUAUAUUGAUUUUCAUUUUAUUUUAGAUUAAUUUCUCUAAAUUCUUGAUGAAUUUCCUGAUGGUGUGGCUCUAAUCAUUUUUGAUGAAAAUCGAUUACCAUAAGUUGAUUUCUGCAAUUAAACCAUGAUGAAUCUAUUAAAUACAACAUAAUAAGAUUUAUUGAGUUCUUUGAUGUCUCUCAAAAAUCUACAUAUUAUGAAAAGAAAUCAAUAAACUUAAGAUCUAGCAACCUCAAUCUCAACAUAUAAAAGUAUGUAUUCACCAGAAAAGAAUAAAAUUGGAAUUGUUAGAUCUAUGUAUAGAGCUUCAACUACUGUUCAGAAUCAUAAAAAUGAAUAGUUCAUUAAUACAAAAUUAAAAUUCUCAAAAAAUGUAAACUUUUCACUUACGAUAGCCUUUUAAAAUGGCCCUAGAAUAAGCUAUUCUCUAAAUCCAUUCACAAGAGGUACAGUCACUUUUAACAAAAACAUAAAUUGGUUUUGAUCUGCAUACUAUUUUGAAUGGAUACACAACAUCAUAAUCAAAAAAAGAUAUUUGCAUUGAAAUCAAAUUGUUUAUCUCCUACCUCAAUGAUUAACCAUAAUUAUUAAUCCUAACAAGAGAUGUUUCAUAUAAAGAUUACAUUAAGUCCAUUAAUCAACAUAGUAAAGCUAAAUCAAAUACUUUAAAUUUUGUUUCUCAUGAAAUUAGAACUCCAAUUAGAUGUAUCAUUUAGUUGUUGGAAGAAAUAGAAUAAAAAAAUGAUACCAUCAAAAAUGUACUUUGGAAUUGUUAUUAUUUAUUAAAUUUUAGUCAUGAUUUGCUAGAUCUAGCUUAAAUCAAAGUGGGUAAAUUUAAAUUAUAAAAAAUUAACUUCAAUUUAGAAUAAUUGAUUUUACAAUUAUUUGAUUUAUUUAGGGUAGAAGCAAAAAAAAAACAAAUUGCUUUAAAAUUAGAAUAUGAUGAAGAAGCUCCAAAAUAAAUAUGUAAUGAUGAUGUUAGAAUAAAAUAAGUGUUAAUAAAUUUAAUUGGAAAUGCAUUUAAAUUCACUUUUGAAGGCAGUAUUACAGUAAGUGUUGUAAAUCAAAAAGAUGGUACUUUAGCAAUUAAAAUAAGUGACACUGGUUUAGGAAUAAGAGAAGAAGAUAGAAAGAAAUUAAUAAAAGCAUUUGGUAGAUUAGAAGACGAUGAAACUAAAUAAUUUAAUAGAUCUGGUGUUGGAUUAGGGUUACUGAUUAGUAAUAUGAUCUGCAAAUCUCUAUCUAAAAAAGAUUCUGGUAUCAAAAUUGAAUCAGAAUUAUAUAAAGGCAGUUCUUUUUCAUUUGAAAUAGAUUAUGAAACUGAAUUUGAUACUGUGAUUAUUUGUGGUAAUGAGAGCAAUAAUGAUGAAGAAAAUUAAAUGGAAAAUGAAGCAUAACCAAGAAUCCAACGUAUUUAUUCAAAUCAACCUUUUCGAUAGAGAGAAUUACUCAUUAUAGAUGAUAAUCAAUUUAAUAUUGAUAUUUUGAUUAAAUUAUUUAAUCAAAAGGGAAUCACUCGUAUUGAUUAUGCUAUAAAUUGUUAACAUGCAUUAAAAAUUUUAGAUGAAAAAAUAAGAAAUCAUAUAUAUUAUAGAGUUAUUCUCUUAGAUAUUGAAAUGCCAAUUAUUGAUGGUUUUGGCACUGCUAAAAUGAUAAAACAAUAAGUUAAUGACACUAUGGCAACUAUGCCUAUUCUUAUUGCUGUAAGUGGACAUGGAAUGCAUAUGAAACAAAAAGCUUUAAAUAAUGGAUUUGUGGAUUAUUACGAAAAACCAUUAAAAAUUUAUGACAUUGAAGAGAUCAUCACUCGUUAUCUACAAUGA